AUGGGUUUCAUUCGGCAAAAUAUGGGUGAAAGUAUUGACCAAGAUAACAAUAUGGAAGGCAUCUACGACAAGUUUAGGAUUUCUAAUGAAAGUAACGACUUCUAUUCCCUUUCUUCCACCGAGGAAAACAAAAAUGGCAUUUUUUCCCUCCUGAACUGUGCCGAUGAAGAUGGUUGUCAGGUAGAAUUCACUCCUCACUUCUUAUCUAAAACAUUGAAUCUUAAUGCUCUCGUGGUAAAUAAAGUGACUUCACCUCUCCCAAAUUUCGAUAUUCAAAUUCAACGCUGGCCGCAUUUGGAUAAUCUUAUACUCGCAGAUCCAAAUUUUUAUAUUUCGCAACAAAUUGACAUUUUGCUCGGUGCAGAUAUUUAUGCACUCCUCCUGGAAGAACUUCCCAUUUUUGGACCUUCAGGAACUCCAGCUGCAAUUUCAACUAAAUUGGGAUACAUUUUAACUGGAAAAAUCUAUACUUCACAAAGGCCUGACUCGAUUGUGCAUUCAACUUUGUGUGACCAGUCAAUUGAAAAGAUCCCUCCGAAUGUAGACGAUUUGUUGGCAAGAGUUGACACUGAAGAAGAAGCUAAAGCCACUAUUACCAAAAUUCAAAACCUAAUGAAAUCAGGGGGAUUUAGUCUUCAAAAAUGGUCUAGUAGCCAUAAAAUUAUUUUGAAAGAUUUGGAUAAAUCCUUGUUAACUACAGAAUCUAUACAUUCGUUGUGCGAUGAAGAAGUAAAACAGCGGGUGUUAGGUAUUUUUUGGAAUCUUUUAACCGAUUCGAUUCAAGUUAGAAUUGCUGAUGGAGAAAUCGUAAAUACAAAAAGGCAACUUCUAUCAGUUAUUGCUAAAACAUUCGAUCCGCUGGGACUGUGUUCGCCUUCUGUAAUCAUAUUAAAAAUUAUGUUGCAAGAACUAUGGAAAUCGAAAGCCGCUUGGGAUGAUCCUGUUCCUCUUACCAUUCUAGAAACCUGGACAAAAUUUAAACAACAAAGCUAUAAUCUAAACUUGAUUUCAGUUCCUCGCUUCUUGGGAGUCGACAAUAAUUCUGACAUCCAAUUACACGGUUUCUGCGAUGCAUCUACAAAAGCAUUCGCUGCCGUUGUCUAUUUGAAAUCUAGACAGAAUCAAGUAUCUCUCGUAAGUGCUAAAACUCGUGUUGCUCCUAUAAAACAGCUUACUAUCCCAAGAUUGGAACUUUGCGGUGCACUUCUACUUGCCAAGCUAAUAACUGCCAUCGAAAAAGCACUAUCUUUUCCCAUAAAAGUGCGAUAUUUAUGGACAGAUUCAACAAUCGUAUUAAGUUGGAUAAAUCGACCCCCAAGUAAAGGGAAUAUUUUCAUUCAAAAUCGAGUUAAUAAUAUCUUAAAUUUAACUUCAGUGUCUGAUUGGUAUCACAUUCCUGGUAAACUCAAUCCAGCAGAUUGUGCUACUCGAGGACUUUUUCCAGAGCAGCUCAAAAAUGCAUCUUAUUGGUGGAAUGGUUCUGAUUGGAUCAAACAAGAUUUUCAUCCUCUUGUACCGUCCUUAAAAGUGCUAACUACCAACUUAGAUGAGCCAGACUCCGUGCAGAAACCUACGUCCGUAAAUGCGGACAGAAAUCCUUUGAAUGACUUGCUACUCAAAUUUUCAUCUUACACCAAACUUAUAAGAGUAUUUGCAUGGGUUAAACGUUUUAUUCAAAAUUGUAAAGCUACCUGUUUAACCUCUAAAUCAGUAGGGCUCCUUCAAGCAGAAGAAGUAGAGGCUUCACUUAAACUCAUUCAGCAAACUGAAUUUUACCAGGAAAUUAAAUGUUUCAAGAUGAACAAACUCAUACCGAAAUCUAGUAAAUUACUCCCUUUAAAUAUAUUUUUGGAUAAAGAUGGGAUUCUCAGAGUGGGAGGUCGGUUUUCUAAACAUCCGAUUCUUCCCUAUGAUCAAAAAUUUCCAAUAGUCAUCCCCAAAAGACAUCAUAUAACUCCCCUUAUAAUUCGACAUUUUCACCAACUCAGUCUCCAUGCUGGACCAGAAUUGGUUUUAUCACUCAUUCGACAAAAAUUCUGGAUUCCUGAUGGUCGUUCCACGGUGCGUCGAGAAAUCAAACGCUGUAUCGUUUGCUGUCGAUUAAAUUCUAAACCUUCGAACCCUAAGAUGGGAGAUUUGCCAAGUAGUCGAAUAACAAAAUCUCGUCCUUUUGAAAAAGUUGGGGUGGAUUUCGCAGGACCGUUAGUCAUAAAAUGUCAGCAUCUCAGAAAAGCUACCCAAUUCAAGUCUUACCUUUGUUUAUUCAUAUGCACAGCGACUAGAGCAGUUCAUCUCGAACUCGUGUCCAGUAUGUCUACGGAAGCAUUCUUUGCCGCACUUCGUAGACUUAUAGCACGACGAGGUCAUCCCACUGAUAUCCUGUCAGACAAUGGAUCGAAUUUCAUAAGUUCAGAUAAUUAUCUAAAGCAAUUAUUCAAGUUAGUACAAGACCAGUCUGCACAAAAUUUCCUGACUAUAGAGGCCUGUAUUAAUUCAAGACCUCUAGUACCACUUUCCAAUGAUCCAGCUGAUCUCAGGGCUCUCACCCCUGGGCAUUUCCUAAUCGGGGAACCUCUUCUUGAGCUUCCUGAAGGAACUAGUCUCACUAAUCAAAAUCUUAGUCUUUCUUGCAGAUGGAAAAGUCUCUUACAGUUAAAACAUCAAUUUUGGAGUAGAUGGACUAGAGACGUCCUUCAGCAUUUGCAAGCCCGACGGAAGUGGCCUCAACAUCGUCCUCCUUUGAGUGUCGGAGAUCUCGUCCUUAUUCAAGCUGACAACAUGCCUCCAUUAUCCUAG